AGUUUAGAUUAAAUGAUGAAAAAUUUUAUAUUAUACUCCGUAUAUAUAUACUUCAUUCUACUUAAAAGUCAUCACUCCCCAAAUAACCUUCCAUGUUCCAACUGAUGGAAGGAGAGAGAAUUAAACAAAGAAAAGAGAUAAUUAAUUAAUUAUUAUUUAAAGAUUUAAGCGCACUUAGAGUUAAAGAGAGAUAAUUACACUAAAGUGUGUAUUAGAAAGGUUUGAUUACAUAUAUAAACAAGACACCCUUUCUUCAAAAGAGACAAUACUCCAAGACCCCCUCAUCAACUAAAAUGUGUUUCCCUUUCUCUCCCCUUUCUUCUCCCUUCAUUCUUUCCUCUUUUACCCUAUAAAAAAAAAACACAAAAACAAAAAUCUCUCUUUUUCAUAAAAUUAUUCUCUAUCUUUUUCAAAUGAAUGAAUAAUAUUGAAGAAUUACAACAACAUCAAAAUCAACAAGAAGAAGAAGAAGAGGAAUUACAAGCAGAUUACCAAAACUGCCCUCAACCAAAUAAUAACAACUUAGAAAUAAUGCAACAAUAUCACCAAGCAACAUCUCAUUCUGAUCCAUUUGGAGGUAAUUUUGUAGGUGGUGGUGGAAGGGCAGGAAUGGUAUUUCCAGAUCUUUCCCCUCCGCCACCGAUACCGCCACAACAACACCUCUUACCAUGGGAGCUUCCACAAGUAGUCCAUUCAUUCCAACCUUCUAUGACAAAUAACCAUAAUCUUGAUCCCUACUUUUUUCCGUCUUCGUCUUCGUACGGCGGAUUGUUUACUACUCGAAGGUCAUCAUCAUCUAAUCAUCAUACAAAUUCACUUCAGUUUGCUUAUGAGGGUGCAUCCUCGGAUCAUCAUCAUCUUAGGCUUCUUUCCGAUGCCCUCGGUCCGAUGGUUCAUCAACCGGGUUCGGCUCCUUUCGGCCUUCAAGCUGAGCUUAAUAAGAUGACUGCUCAAGAGAUCAUGGAUGCUAAAGCUCUUGCUGCUUCUAAGAGUCAUAGUGAAGCCGAACGUCGUCGCCGCGAAAGGAUUAAUAAUCAUCUUGCUAAGUUGAGAAGCUUGUUACCUAGCACCACUAAAACGGACAAGGCGUCGUUGCUAGCGGAAGUGAUCCAACACGUGAAGGAGCUAAGGAGGCAGACGUCGAUAAUAGCCGAGACAAGUGUAGUCCCAACGGAGAGCGACGAGCUCACGGUGGAUCCAGCAUCGGAUGAACAAGAUGGCAAGUUUAUAAUUAAGGCAUCGUUGUGUUGUGAUGAUCGUACUGAUUUAUUACCGGAUUUAAUCAAGGCCUUAAAAACCCUUAGGUUAAGGACCUUAAAGGCGGAGAUUACUACCCUAGGUGGAAGGGUUAAGAACGUACUAUUUGUCACACAUGAGCCUAAUAUAAGUGACCAUGAUAAUAAUGAUAACCAAGAUGACCACGACGAGGAUGUACCACCUGGCCAAUGCUCGAUAAGCUCGAUACAAGAGGCGUUGAAGGCGGUUAUGGAGAAGUCCGGCGGUGGGGAUGAGUCUACUUCGGGUAAUCCUAAGAGGCAAAGGACUGCAAACAUUACAAUCUCUUAACUUAAAUGAUAUAGUACGUACUAUAACUAUUAUUAGUACGAUUAUAUUUAACAAAGGGUCACAUUGAAAUAUUUUAUACUAACAAAUAUGACCUUAAUUAAAUUACCUUGCAUGGGUGUUAAAUUAGUUCCUUCUUUUUUUUUCUUUUUUUUUUUUUGGGUAUUAUUUUGGUUUGCAUGGGUGUGGUUAAUUAAUUAGCGUCUUCUUCUUCUACUUCUUCUCGUUGUUAUUACAAUCAAUGUACCGCGAUUUCAGAUUUUCUCUGAUGACAAGAGAUAUAUGAUCAUAUGGCUUGAAUUGGGUUUUUCUUA